ACGUAAGCCGCAAAAUCAAUAAAUGACCUUCGCAAACGCAAGCCUCUGCACAGACGCAUACUCCAGGCUAGGCACUUCGGACCUGUUUGGCGUUUUGUCAAGGUGGUUGAAUUCCGGCAUCGACGGAGCUAACCUCCUGAAGAGCCACGCCCAGGAAAGGCCAGACAUCCUCCAGCGAAACCGGAACAGCAGAGGACGCCGCAACAAUGCCAUGUGCGACGUCGAAGUGCUUCUGGGUCGUCGCCGUCGCUGUACCUGUAGUGCUGCUGACAUUGGGGACCCUGUACAUGAUCUACGUUCCGCACACCACCACGCAGCCCCUCAGCUACUGGUAUCCCUGGCGACAACGCCCUCCCAGCGUGGGUUAUGCGUUUCCCCGCAUCUUCCUCUGGAAUCCAGUGGACGGGGACCGUUGUCCGCGAGUGCAAGAUCGACUUAUGAUGGAAUGUGGCGAGUUCAACACAACUAAAAAGCAUUGCUACAUUACAAAGGACCCUAUUUACCACGUUGUCAGUGACGCUAUCGUUGUCGAAGCGUCUCGCUUGGACCCUUACAAGCUGCCGAGGCGCCGGCACCAGGAACAGCGGUGGGUGUACUCCACCCUAGCAGGAGAACCUACAAACUCGUCGUUGGCUUUAACGCUAGUUUCUGGAAUGUUUAACUGGACAAUGUCCCACAGAGACGAUGCGGACGUCGUCGUUCCCUACGUCAAGUGGCAGAAGCGCUCACAUUUUAUUCCAAUGCCUCGCGAAUUUCUUCUCGAGGCCAUCGAUGCGAAAACUAAAAGCGUUGCCUGGUUUGUGAGCACGUGCGAAGAGCCGCUGCGCCAUAACGUUGAAAGCAUCCGCUACCAUCCUCUGCCCAGAAGCUCUGAAAAUUUCAUGGCACACGUCAACCAAACGUUCGACGUUUUCAUGUUUUCCGAUUGUGGUCGCCCGCUGUGCAAUUCCAUUGAUGACUGUGUGCAGAUGGCGGCGAAGGACUUCUACUUUGUAUUCGUUCUCGAGACCUCUCCCUGUUUCCAUCACCCGAUGGAGAUGAUAUCCGCCGCCUUCAAGUACAACAUCGUUCCCAUCUACUUUGGCAAGACAGCCCUCGGCGAUAGUGUGCCCCAGGGGUCCGUCUACGACACUUCGCAGGAGCCGACCGCAUUUGAUAUCGUCGACAAGCUCAACGUUAUGCGUGACGACGUGGACACGUAUCUGUCGUACUUUGCAUGGAAAGAGAAGCUAUACCAGUUUCAGGAACACCCAAUGUGCGCGCUCUGCGACGCUCUGUACGCAAGUGCCGCGGGCUCCUCUGCCACUACCGACAUCUUGUCCUGGUGGCGACGGCGUCCAGAGUGCGAUUACGUCAUUCCAAGCCCGGGCGGUCCCAUCAUUAACACGAAGCUUACCCCGUACGGAAUAUACUUCGUGCCCGCUGAACACGCGGACAUCCCGGGCCGAGUCAUUAGACCUCCGAAAGCACGGCAUCCAAAUACGUCAACUACAACCUUAGCGUCGACUACAAUCUCAACUCAAAUGCCUCUUCCACUUGAAGUCAACGAAGACUUAGGACAUGACCACGACGAUAUAUUGUAAGGGUGCAAACUGUGUUGCAAUUUUUGCGCAGUCCUUUCAUAUGUUAUAUAAUUAGACCUCUUUCGCCGUAGUUCUUAUUCACUGUGGAAAUAAACUACUUCUGUACCCACUC